GGUCUGGGCUCAGGGGCGGUUUCUAGGCGGCCCCCUUGUUCGCUUUACCCACUCGUGAACUCUCCUUUUCCCAUGUACAUACUUAGUAGGUAUAUAUGAUGGUCUUGGGGUUGGCUCUGGAUGUCUCUCGUUAGAGGGGUACUGCAAAACCGUGGGAGUACAUAUGGUGGUCUGGAUAUUACGGUGAUACGAUACGACAUGACGCGGCACGGGUCUUGCAUGGGAAAGGUUUCAAGGUUGGUAACUCAUGGUCUUCUUGGUUUCUCUGGCACAUGGUAUGCUCUCUUGCAUUGGGUUUGGCUUUUCGGUUUCUUCGAUUUUUCCUUCUGGCGGUUUGGUGGUUGGUGUUUGCUAUUUUGUUUCUUGUCUUGUACGGUUUUUGGGAUUCGAUUUAUUGCUUCAAUUCAACUUGGGCAUUUGUCUGUUUUCGAAUUUGUUUUAAUCUUGGCACAAGUGGUGCUGAGUUCUGACGCUAGGCAGUUGGUGUGUUUCGUUUUUGUCACUGAGUUGUUUCUUAGGAGUAUUGGUGUCGCAAUCGGUUAGAGCUAGGUGGGCAAGGUAAGGUAUAGCCUACAUAGAGGGUAGGCAAGGAGGUAUGGUAUUAAACAUACGUAGGCAGGUCAAUACGGAA